GUUUCCUCCUUCAUCGCCAUGCGGCGCGUCCGCAACUGUUGGUUUUUUUUUUUGGUUCGUUCGGCACAGCUGCAACAUCUGUCUGACCUUUGACUUCCCGUGAAGGAGGACGGACGCGGUCUUGAGGGAAGAGAGAACGUCUCAGAACGUGCUCGUGUCGUGAGUUUGCGGGUCUCGCAGUGGAGUUUCCACCACCGCAUCCCCCUUGUUGAAGGACUUCCAUGAUCUCCAGAAGAAGAAGGUGCCCCGUUCGGGAUCCCGACCGACCCUGCUGGUGGUGCAGUUCUCGCGCUCACCUUAAGGCUUAAGGAUGUGUUGCUGACGCGGAGCUCCUCAGUUCCCCAGCAGGAGCUCCGAGGAGCGCAGGGCUGGAAUGAAUGAGCUCUCCGGCUCCGUGCACAAGAAGAAGUCGUACCGCAGCACCACGCAUCACACACACACACACCGCACGCGCAACGUAGCGGCUUCCAGGCGAUCUCGCGGUGCUCGCGGAACGGACGUGAAUGCGGGACCGAGACGGAACCAUGGAAAGCGCAGUGAACACUUUUGGAUCCACGAGCUGUGCUCUGAAAAGGGGAGCCUCCGUUGCAAUGUCACCGCAGACUACAGCGCUGGAGCAGCGCGUGAGGGCGAUGCAGGGAUGAAGAGAACAACCAUGGGGAGUUUCGGGCCUCUGAUCCUGGGGCUGCCGGCCCUCCUGUCCCUCCUGGCUGUGGCGUCUGCUGCCGAGAGAGUCCCCAUCCUGAACAUUGCCGUGAUCCUGGGCCGCACGCGCUACAUCUCCGAUCGGGACAUCCGGGCGCUGUGGAGCAAGGACGACCCAAUUGAUGUCAACGUGGUGACCCUGCUGGUGAAUGAGACUGACCCCAAGAGCAUCAUCACGCACGUGUGCGAUUUGAUGUCCGGGACAAAAAUCCACGGGGUGGUGUUUGGGGACGGCACUGAUCAGGAAGCCAUUGCCCAGAUUUUGGAUUUUAUUUCAUCCCAGACUUUGAUACCCAUCCUCGGCAUUCAUGGAGGCUCCUCCAUGAUCAUGGCAGACAAGGAUGUGAAGUCUACUUUCUUCCAGUUUGGAGCCUCGAUCCAGCAGGAGGCACUGCUGAUGCUGAACAUCAUGGAAGAGUAUGACUGGCAUGUGUUCUCCAUUGUGACCAGCAAGUUUCCGGGCUACCAGGACUUCAUCAGCAUCCUGAAGAGUACGGUCGAGAACAGCUUUGUGGGCUGGGACCUGCAAAACACCAUCACUCUGGAUGCGGUGGAUGGAGACACCAGAACACAAGUGCAACUGAAGAAGAUCCAGUCCCCAGUUAUCCUGCUGUACUGCUCCAAGGAUGAAGCAGCCUACAUCUUCGAGGAGGCCCACUCUCUGGGCCUCACUGGCUUUGGUUACAUCUGGAUCGUCCCCAGCCUGACCACUGGCAACCCGGAAAUCACUCCAGACCAGUUUCCCACAGGAAUGAUCUCUGUGUCCUACGAUGACUGGGACUAUCCCCUGGAGGCCAGGGUGCGAGAUGGCCUUGGGAUUAUCACCACAGCAGCAGCAUCCAUGCUGGAGGAGUUUGGUGACAUCCCUGAAGCCAAAACCAGCUGCUACGGGCCAAUGGAGAAGACCAAGCUUCCACCUAGCGCAUUACACAAAUACAUGAUGAACGUAACUUGGGAUGGGAAGGAUCUGUCCUUCACAGAAGAUGGGUACCAGGCCAACCCAAAACUGGUAGUCAUCGUUCUCAACAGGGAGAGAGAAUGGGAGAAGAUGGGCCGCUGGGAGAACAAGAGUCUGUCCCUGAAGUACCCCGUGUGGCCACGCUUUAACACCGGCGGCGACUCAGAGACGGAUGACAACCACCUGAGCAUCGUGACGUUGGAGGAAGCGCCCUUUGUCAUCGUUGAGAAUGUCGAGCGCCUCACAGGCACCUGCAUGAGGAACUCGGUGCCCUGCCGCAAGCACAUCAAAGACAACACCACAGAUCAAGGAGGGACGUACAUAAAGAAGUGCUGUAAGGGAUUCUGCAUUGACAUUCUGAAGAAGAUCGCCAGGAACGUCAAAUUCACCUACGAUCUCUACCUGGUGACGAACGGCAAGCACGGCAAGAAGAUCAACAAUGUCUGGAACGGCAUGGUGGGAGAGGUGGUGUACAAGAAAGCCAUGAUGGCUGUGGGCUCCCUGACUAUUAACGAGGAGCGCUCAGAAGUCAUUGACUUCUCUGUGCCUUUCGUGGAAACAGGCAUCAGCGUGAUGGUGUCCAGGAGCAACGGUACCGUUUCCCCCUCGGCCUUCCUGGAGCCCUUCAGUGCCUCCGUGUGGGUGAUGAUGUUCGUCAUGCUCUUGCUGGUGACUGCCAUGGCUGUCUUCAUGUUUGAGUACAUCAGUCCUCUGGGAUUCAACCGGAACCUCGCCCAGGGCAAAGAACCUCAUGGCCCAUCCUUCACCAUGGGUAAAGCCGUCUGGCUCCUGUGGGGGCUGGUCUUCAACAACUCCGUGCCUGUCCAGAAUCCACGAGGGACGACCAGCAAAUUCAUCGUAUCAGUGUGGGCCUUCUUUGCCGUGAUUUUUCUCGCCAGCUACACUGCUAACCUGGCUGCAUUCAUGAUCCAGGAGGAGUUUGUGGACCAGGUCACAGGUCUGAGUGACAAGAAGUUUCAGAGCCCAUACUCCUUUUCCCCUCCAUUCCGCUUUGGGACGGUCCCCAACGGGAGUACUGAGAGGAACAUCAGGAAGAAUUAUCCUGACAUGCAUCAGUACAUGGUGAAAUACCACCAGAGUGGGGUCCAGGAUGCUCUGGUCAGCCUCAAGACAGGGAAGCUGGAUGCCUUCAUCUAUGAUGCAGCAGUACUGAACUACAUGGCCGGGAGGGACGAAGGCUGCAAGUUGGUCACCAUUGGCAGCGGCUACAUCUUUGCCACCACAGGUUAUGGCAUUGCCCUACAGAAAGGCUCCUACUGGAAACGUCAGGUGGACCUGGCCAUCCUGGCCAUCAUUGGCGACGGAGAGAUGGAAGAAUUGGAAGCACAAUGGCUGACGGGCAUCUGCCACAAUGAGAAAAAUGAGGUGAUGAGCAGCCAGCUAGAUGUGGACAACAUGGCAGGCGUCUUCUACAUGCUGGCCACCGCCAUGGGCCUUAGCCUCAUCACCUUUGUCUCAGAACACCUGUUCUACUGGAAGCUGCGCUACUGCUUCACUGGGGUGUGCUCAGGAAAGCCUGGGCUGCUGUUCACCAUCAGCCGGGGAAUAUGGAGCUGUAUUCAUGGAGUCCAUAUUGAGAUGAAAAAGAAGUCCACUGAUCUGGACUUUAGUCCGCAGGCUAACAUGUUGAAACUGAUGAAAUCGGCUAAACAGAUGACUAACAUGACAAACCUCAGUGGCUCAAGGAUCAAUUCCCCCAAACGGCCAGUUGAUUUCCUGCAUCCCACUGGCCCCAUGAUCAUGGAUAUAACGUCUGACAAGGGAAAUUUCAUCUAUGCCGACAAUCGCAGCUAUGCCCCCAAGGAGGUGAUCUAUGGCGACACUGGUGAGCUACAGGCCUACUUGGCCAACCGUCACAAAGACCACCUGAACAACUACAUCUUUCAGGGCCAGCAUCCACUCACCCUUAAUGAGGCAAACCCCAACACAGUAGAGGUGGCGAUGAGUGCUGAGGCAGCUCAGCUGGAUGCCAAGCCACGUACCCUGUGGAAAAAGUCAGUUGACACACUACGCCAGGGCUCUGUCCAGGAUACGCUGUUGCCUGACACCCGGCUGGCCAUGAAGACCCAACGCUACCUGCCUGAAGAGGCAGCAGCUCACUCCGACAUCUCCGACUGCUCCAGCAGGGCCGCUUCCUAUAAGGAGGCCGAAAACAAUCAGAAGUACCCGAAGGCCAAGGACAACUUAAAAAAAAGAUCGAUGACGUCAAAAUACCCUAGGGAUUGCAGCGAAGUGGAGCUGUCCUACUUAAAGAGUAAGCAGGGCGGUGCAGCCCGUGAAAAGAUUUACACCAUUGACUCUGACCGGGAGCUGAGUCUGCACUCGGAUCCGCUGCAUUACAGGGAGAGCAGAGGCCUAGCUGAUGAUUUGGAUUACCCCGAAAUUUACUCUGACCACAAUGACAACUACCGAAAGCCCGACCAGCCCAUCAUUCAUCUCAACAGCAGUCCCCUUCAUCACACUGACUCCGACAUCAUCCCUGACAACAUAUACUCCAAACACUACAGUCUGAAGGAGAAAAGUCUCAGCCCACACGAGACAAAUGAUCGCUACAAGCAGACUCACUGUCGGAGUUGUCUGUCAAAGGUCUCAACUUACAUGGGGCACCAUGGUAUGAGGUCCCCUUACAACCGUUGUGAGGCCUGCCUGCAUACAGCCAACCUCUACGACAUCAGUGAGGAUCAGAUGCUGCAGGAACCUUUCACACCUUCUGUGCGUCAGGACGAAAUGUUCAGCCAGUACUGGCCCCAGACAGAUGGACCGUAUGUACAGAAAAGGAACAAACUAAGGCUUAGCCGGCAGCAUUCUUUUGACAAUAUUAUGCUCGAGAAGCCCAAGGAAAUUGACUUGGGCAAGCCGGCACGCAGCGUCAGCUUGAAGGAGAAGGACAGGAUCCUUGAGGACAGUGCGUACGCAAACAUGUUCAACAUCAGGCCAGACAAACUUUUUGGCAGCAAAUCCAUGCUCUUUAACCACAACCUGGAGGAGAGCAAGCGCAGCCGGUCACUCUACCCCGACCACACCUCGGACAACCCUUUCCUACAGUCUCUGCGGGAAGACCAGCGGCUCGUUCAUGGUCGGAGCUCUUCGGACAUUUACAAACAAUUGGCUCCCAUAAGGUCGAGAAACGACAACAACCUGAGAUCCUCUGUGAAGUCCACCACCUCAUACUGCUCCAGGGAUGGCCGGAUACCCAAUGAAAUGUACUUUUCAGAGCAUGUGAUGCCUUAUGUAGCCAAUAAGACUAGUGCAUACUCAGCUCCCCAUGUUCUCAAUUCUUGCAGCAAUAGACGAGUAUAUAAGAAAAUACCUAGUCUCGAGUCAGACGUUUAAUGCUCUGUUUGUAUAGGUCUAAUGUUAAUCCACUUUAGGAUGCCAUUGCCACCUACACCUAUAAAAAGUACUCAUGUACUGUCUUGGUAAAAAUUCUUUUUAUCAAUAAGUUGGCCAUAUUGGGGCCUGCCAAAGGUUGCCAAAGGUUUGGAGCAUUUUCCUGAGUGGCCUCUUGGACUUGGAGUAUGUAUGAAAUGGUGUUAGGCAGCAUAACUGGGGUGGUUCAGUCAUGUCGUCUUAAAGGUGGCAACUUGCCGUCGAAGCACUUCCGUAGACCCUAAAUGGUGCAGUGCUUCCAUAAUUGGGCAGCUUUGGGUAAAACGCAGCUUAGGCUGCAAAAGGAUGCACACCAAAGCAUUCUACCCAAAUACAACCAGGGGAAAUCUAUAUAUGCCUUCAUUAUCUUUAAGGCAGAAUGGAACUGAUCAAAAUAUUUGAAGAGUUGAUUAUAAACUCUAGGUUUACAGAUUGGAUCCUGAGGCAUGAAAGGAUAUUUGAUUUAUGAUACAACAGAGACAGUAUGAAAUACAGAAAGUUGCUUCUAUUGUAUUACUAUAGAUGUGGGAUUCUGGCAUUCUAAUCCCGUUUUAGGAUUGUGUAGCACAGGGAUUCUUAACCUUUUUACCCCCACACCUCACCUGAAUGUGAACUUAAUGUUUACACCUCCUAUACUUUCCCAAAUUAAUCAGUAAGGCACUCAAGACAAACCUUCUGGAAGUACCCACUUCGCACCCUCCCUAGGGAGGCACACCCCACAGGUUAAGAACCCCUGUUUUAGCGCUUAGCCUUUUAGUAGAAUAUUAGUUGAUUUCCCAUCUUUGCUUCAUAAUGAAUAAUUUGAAAUUGCCGUCUGAAAUAGGUUAUUUUGCAUGUAUUAUUUUCACACUGGAAAUGGAAACAAACCAUAACCGUAUUCCAUGGAUUUAGUCUGGCUGAUUUAAGUUGAAUACCUGUGCAAUUUAAAACUUGACCUGUACUCUGCAAUUCCGUUUUGACCAUGGCUUUUCUUAAGAUAAAAAGUGAGGCUUUUGCUUGGAAUAUUUUAUUUAUUCUCCACCUGAAACAGGGUAAUAAUUAAAAUGUUAUACUGACAAUUUU